GAGUUUAGAGGUGUUCUCUCUCUCAAACACCAACAGUUCAACAUUCAGUCUUCAUUCCCUCACCUGUUCAUGUCUGAGACCUUUUACACCUGGUGAACAAUCUGCACCUGUCAUGAAGAUGAUGAAGAAGAUGCAGAUGAUGAUGAUGAUGGUGAUCUCUCUCUGACUGCAGGAAGCUGAAAACACUUUUCUCUGGGAGUGUGUUACCUGUCCUGGUUUGGAGUUACAUUUCUCUUGGUCUUAAAUCUGCGUUGGUUCAAACAGACGAGGAAUCUGUGCUGGUCUUCUGUUACAGAGAGAAUGAGACUUGGAUCAGCUGCAGUGUUUCUGAUUCUCCUGAUGAACGUCUCCACAGGUCAAACUCUGACAUGUCCUCAAAAACAGUAUCAGAUAAAUGAUAGAUGCUGUCCUAUGUGUCCAGCUGGAGGUCGAGUUUAUGCAGACUGCACAGAGUCCAGAAGUACUCUCUGUAAGCCCUGCCCUGAUGGAACCUUUAUGGACCAUCCGACUUCCCGUCCAGUCUGCUACAACUGUAAAAACUGUGAUGAAGGUUCUGGUCUGAAGAUGAAGACGUCGUGUACGAUAGUAUCAGACACAGUUUGUGAACCUCUGGAAGGAUUUUACUGCUCAGACUCUAGAAAGGACGACUGUGUGGAAGCAAGGAAACACAGACGCUGUAAACCAGGAGAAUACAUCACAGAACACGGAACUUCCUCCACAGACACCGUGUGCUCGACCUGCUCUGAUGGAACAUUUUCAAACGGGAUGUUUCCAUCUUGUCAGAAUCACACACAAUGUGAAUCAGAGGGUCGAGAGCUGCUGAGAGCAGGAACUAAGACAGAGGACGCUCAGUGUGGAGGACUACUGUUACACAAGUUGAUUUACUUUCUUAUUGUUGUGAUGUCUUUAUUCUCUAUACUUUUAGUUUGUAAUCUCGGACGGUGGAUAAUAAGACUUCUAAUCUCAGUAAACAGAAGACAAGCAGGACUCUCCUACCAGGUAUGUUUUAAACUCUCUUUACUCUCAAUCUGUUUUAUGUUCAAUGGUUUAAUAAAGUCUCUCUUAUUAAUGUUUCCUGUACAGAAAGGUGAGAAGUUUAGAGAACAACCCCUGGAGAGUCUGAUGUCAGAUGACUCCAAAGAGUCGAAGGGUGACACGGUUCAGAUUUAACUCCUGCAGAGUAAAUCAUCUCUAGGAUCCUGUUCUGGUCCAGCUGCUGGAUCCUGACACACUUUGUUGAUAUCUGUUUAUAUGUAUAUAUGUGUUUAUAUGUAUAUCUGUUUUUAUAUCUGGUCCAGUUUUGUUUUUCUGAGACGAUGAUUAGACACAAACACUUUCAUCAGCGUUCCAUCGGCUCUCUCACCAUCAAGUUUCUCUUGCAUUUCUUGUUACUAUUGUCAAAAGGAAUGAAUAAAAAGAUUUGACUAAAUCAAA